CCCCCAGCCACUCUCUUAGUGUGACGACAUCUAGGGGAACAUCGGGGCUAGGUUCGUUGCUCUGAGAACAACAUCGACGACGAUGAUCCGGUAGCAUUUGCGGUGCCUUCCUGGACCAUGGCUCCUCCGCCGGCGACUCCAACGCCGCACCGGUUCCUAGUGCCGCGGAGGUCCCAGCAACAACAGCCACCACCACGCUCCCACCAGAGCACUCCGGCCACAUUUCGUGGCAGCGGUGGCGGUGGUGGCGCGGGACAACAGUUCCAAGCGACGCCGCGCUUCUCGCUGCACUCGACACCCCGGGGUCCGGAAGCAGGAGGCGGUGCGCCGUCGUCCUCUUCUAAUGUUACAGUGGGCACUACGCCAGCUCCGGGCUCAGCCAGGUCCGGGUCUAGCGUCUUCUUUCAUCGGGGCCCGCGCGGCACGGCAGAGCCCAUCAUUGACGGUAUUGACAGCUCACCGCCCUUAGCUGCUGUUGCGGCCGCUGGUGGGAAGCGGCGUGAUCCCAUCGACAUAUUCGAUCUGGACUCCGAUGUGGAUGCUGUGCCGGAGUCAUCGCCGGUGGUGAGACGCGCCGGAAGCAGGAGUGAGAGUGAGGGCGGGGAGGAGGAAGAGGAGGGGAAAGGGGAAAGUGGAUGGGCAAGGCGAUGGAACUCGGGGCCACGGAGUCGGUCCCCAAAGCGUCGGCGCAUCUCUAUCUCUUCCGAUUUCCGCGUCGACGAAAACAAAGGGGAUGAUGAUGGGAACAGGAGCACAGGGUUUCGGCCGAGGCACACGCACGACGAUGGUGACGAAGAGGAGGACGCUCUUAUGCGCGACGGCGACGACGACGGUUAUGAGGACGAAGACAGUGACAUCGACCUAAUCCGGACCUUUUCGCCCAGUUCCCCUUCCCACUCUCACGCUAACCGGCUACACGAACCCGCCGAAGUCUCUGGUGACAAUACCCAAGAUGAUGGUGAUGCCAUCUCGCCCCUCCGCCCUAGACGUAUGCGCACGAUAGCGGGCGAUGGCGAAGAGCAACAAGAGCCCCAGCAACCUAUCUUCUUCAAGGCGCCGCGCUUCAAGCCCACGGAGACGCCUGAGGGAUCCUACUUCCCCCAGCGCGGAGACGGGGAAGAAGACGACGACAACGAUCCGUUGCCCGACGCGUUCUCGCCUCACCGCCGCCGCCGCGGGGCUACUGCCAGGUACGUUCCCGGCGGGCUCGCGGCCGAGGUCCGGAGCUGGUUUGUCGACGUGUGGGCCUCGGGCGCCGGGGCGGGAGUAGGGGCGCGGGACGGGUCGGCCGCGUCAUGGGUCACGGCAAGGGUCCGCGUCGAGGAGGUGCGCGCCGCGCCUGGGACAGCGGCGCUGAUCGUCGGGCCGUACGUGCGGGAUGACGGCGACGGUGAUAGCAAUAAUACGGGUAGCGACCCUCGCGAAGGGGGAGCCUCGCAGACGUCAGCGCGGCUUGUGCUGGCCGGCAGUCCACGCCCGGUCGGCAUCGAUCGCGGGCCCGAGGUGCUACCCGGGGCCGUCGUUGGCAUCGGGCGCCCAACCUGGGAAGUCCAACUCCCGGACCUCGGGCGCUGGGUGGUCGCGUGCGAGUGGGCUGUCCUCGGCAACGAAGGGGUCGCGGGACAGAGACAUGCCGACGUGUAGGCAGCCUCGCCUCGCGGAGGACUCGGCUCCUGCCACUCCCCCCCUGGCCUGUUCGAACAACAGCAGCACGUCGAUCGGUCACGGGGACUACGGCCCACUCCCCCCAUUUCCCCAUUCCCCCAUUCCUCCCUAGAUCUCCGCUUGCACGAGAGGGAUUCGCAUCUAGCUAUCGUCGAGAUCAAUCACCUGCCCACGUUCUCCACCGCCCGCAAUCCGGUUCCCACGUCCUCCUGC